AUGUCCGAGCCGCACCUGCCGCCCAAGCGGCCUUACGACUCGCUGUUUACGCCGCGACAAGCACCUCCGGCUGUACCUAUAGCUUCCGCGUCAAGGCGGCCUUAUGACUCGCUCUUCACUCCCGGCGCGGAACGCGGCGUCCCUCCCCCUCCCCCAACUGCUGGCCGCUUCCGUCGAGCCUACCAUAGGAUCAAGUAUGCUGGUCCCUACCGCCUCCCACCUCUCACAGCCAAGAUUGCGAGCUACAUCCCCGUCUUCCUCCUCCUGUGGAAGGGUACCGAGUGGACGAUGAACGAGAUCAUGGUGUACAACCACCCGGCGUUUGUGCCUGGCCGCGACGGCCGGCUCAAGUAUGGCGGUCAGGCGAGUCUUUUCGGCACGGUCGGGCUCGCGCAAGAAGCCGAUGGAGGCAUCUCGUUCGCCCGCCUCAAGUGGGCGUUCAACGGAGCCAACGUCAUUGCCGCUUCUGAGAGGACACGGCGCGACUUAGCCGCCUGGCCCGUCCUGGGAUGGUUCGAGGACAUGACGGCGUACUUUCUGUUCAAGGCGCUUCCGGGACCGCUGGCGGCGGGGCUGACGCCGUUUGCGAAGAGGCCGUGGGACGAACCAGAACCCUGUGACAAGUAG